UGUUUCGAAUGGUGAUGUGUAGGUAAUUAGUCUGACACUAGCUUGAGUAUCAGCUACCUCAAGAUACCAACUAAACUGACAUUGCAACUGUAUUACCGUAAGAUGCAGUUAAGAUGACGCUGCACUGUUAACUGGAUAGUUGAAACCCUUGCAGGCAGCUAUACAUAUAGAGUAAUAGUGAUAAACACUGUGAUAUAUUUAUAUACAAAAUGGAGAGUGUAUUAAAAAAUUCGGCAGCGCAGGAAGCUGCAAACAAUGAUCUGAUGUUAGCAAAAUUCGUAUCAAUGGCUGUCUUAGGAGUUUGUUCGUUUCUGUUAGGAAUUCUACCGAUAAAAUUAACAAAACUAAUUUCGAUAAAAUCAGUGGACGGAGAUAAAAACUUGUUAAUAUCAUUAUUACUAUGUUUCGGUGGUGGCGUCUUACUAUUUACAACGUUUAUUCAUCUACAACCUGAAGUUCGAGAAAGUUUUGAGUCUUUGGGGAAACGGGACGCUAUACCCGAAUUUGGAAAAAAUAUCCCACUGUCGGAAAUAGUGUUCUGUUUUGGAUUUUUCUUCGUGUAUUUCAUAGAAGAGACGGUGCAUAUGUUACUAGACAGGAAAGUGCACAACAACGCUCUACAUCGGUCUUUAUCAGUGAAAAGUUGUAGUUCAAAGGACGAACUCUCAAUACCCAGAGUAACUUUAACGAAAUUAGAUGAUGGAAGCAUAAGUUACAUCAGCACCUCAAACAAAGAAUUGUUUAAUUCUCAGACGACUAUUAAUGUAGAGAAACAGUCACAUGCUCAUCAUCACAUGAACGAUUCACUAAAGAGUUCUUUCACUGGUUUCUUGGCAGUGUUAGCCUUAAGUUUCCACGCCGUCUUCGAGGGAUUGGCUGUGGGUUUGGAGGGUAGUGUCGAUAAAGUUUGGUAUUUAUUUGCAGCUAUUGCUACCCAUAAGUUAGUAAUUGCUUUUUGUGUGGGUGUGGAACUGGUAACUUCUAAGACGAAGGUUCUUCUGGUGCUGCUUUAUAUUGGAACUUUUGCCAUCGUUACUCCAUUAGGGAUUGGUGUCGGUUUAAUACUGAGAGGUAAACAAGACAGCAGUGAGGAUGUUACGUCAGUGGUUCUUCAAGGAAUGGCAGCAGGAACUCUUCUGUACGUUGUAUUUUUUGAAGUCCUCGCUAGAGAGCGUAGCAACCACCACAGUGGAAUCUGGCAGCUAUUGGCUAUCCUGUCUGGAUUUGCCAUUAUGUUCAUAUUACAAAUUUUAACUGGCCACGAGCACAGUCACAAUGAAGACCACCAUCAUCAGUUCCAUCAGAACCACAUGGAGCAUACUGAAGUAACUACAAAUCAUUACCAUCUAUUUAGUUGAUUUAUUUCGUAAAGUGUUGAUGCUGAUCAUAAACAAUUACAGUGAAGAUCUAAAUUAUUUUCAAGUACUAUUACCUUUAUACGAUUUGGAUUUAUUCUAUACAUUGACGAGUAAAUCACAAAAUAUUUUAAAAUUAUCUGUUUUAAUCCUUUGUUUGGCAGAUUAAGUAUUAAUAGAUUUUUUUUUAAUUAUUUAUUAGUUGUAACCACUUUUUAUUUACUUAUUAUUACAUGAACAUUUUUAUACAUUUUUAAGUUUGAGUUUAUACUUUAUUAUAGUCAAUAGUUUUGUAAAAACCGAUUAUUACAAAAACUGUCAUAUUAUGUAGAUUAUGAGAUUUAAGUUCACAGUAUUUUGUAAUACUGAAAUGUGCAUAACUGUAAAU